AUGCCAACCGUACCUCAACUCAAACCAAGUCCCGACAUAAAAGAAAAUGGCAACGACACCACCAGCCAGGAAGCUGUCUCAGGAAUAGUUUAUAGAAAUGGUAAAAAGGUAUUUAUAGAACCAACGCUAGCUGAACCUACCCCUAUAUACACGGGAUUGUCACUAGAAUCAUAUCCCAGUGCCAAAAUAAAGAAAGAAUCACAGUGGCCGAAGUUCAAACGAAAUAAGUCAAGUACUACGUCUAGAGAAAGCUCGGUUGCUCCGGAACAAGAAGUAGACAGCGAAGUCGAAAGAAUAUACAAGGAGAAGUUGGCAACCAAACUAGCUGAAGACUUAACAGAAGAAAGUCAAAUCAGAGAUUCCGACAAACGAGUACUUCCCAUGAGAACAGCAAAACUAAAAUUAACUUUAAAGACCCCCAAAACAAAAGGCAAACGUCCUGCUCUGUCCUCAUCACCAGUACGAUCAUCCAAGCGGAUUAAGGUGAUAUCGCCUAAAAAAUCAAGCACAAAUUUAAGUGUGCCUAAUUUGCCGGCUACUUCCUCCGACCCCGCCGCCGCCAACGAAGAAACAAAGGAUAAUGAUGACUUUUGUAGUUCGUGUGGAAACCCGGGUAUAUUCAUAUGUUGUGAAAACUGUCCCAAAUCAUUCCAUUUCACAUGUUGCGAUCCCCCAAUUGAACAACCACCUGAAGACGACUGGUUCUGUCGAGAAUGUAUAGCUAAACUCCACCCCGAGAAAAUUAAAACGUACAACGACAUAGGAGUAUUUGGACAAUUACUUAACCAACUAGAAGUGAAAAACCCCAAAGUUUUUCAAUUACCCAAACAUUUACGUGAAGAUACCUUUAUUGGAGUCACCACCGGAGACAAUGGUGAUUAUAGUGACGACACAACUAAACCAGACGUGCCUUCUUCCAAAAACUCACAAGAUGUGGACAUAGAGUCUUCACUCUAUGACAAGGCAGGCAACCCUUACUUGUGUCAUAAAUGUGGAGAAUCCGGCAUGAACAACAGAACAUUGAUGCAUUGUGACUAUUGUCCGUUGAUUUACCAUAUUGAUUGUUUAAAUGACCCGAUAUGUGGACCUAAAACAAUUGGAAACAAAUGGAGAUGUCCUAACCAUAUAGAAGAUUUGUUACCUCCUGGAUACGCAAAGCUUCGACAGUUUAAGGACUGUCAAGUGGUGGAUAGUUCCUUGCAUAAAAGUUUUCUUAAAAUGGCCGCGAUGUCGAACAUACUUAUAAAGUUGGAAGACCAACCGUAUUUGAAACAGGAAGUUGCACCACCCAAUUUAGAGGAGUAUUUACAAUUUCAACAAGAGGAUUUUAAUAACAAGAUAUUGAAAAAUUGGGGUGAUGAUAUGGAUGCUAUCCAUCCUCAGUAUCAAGUUCCAUCAUACUUUCAAAAAACCAUAGCAACACCCGAAGGUGUCACAGCCAAGACUUCUUCAAAACUAGCAAAAAUGUUUACAUUAACUAAGCCAGGAACAAGUUCAUCAUUUAUUUAUAGAGUUCCUGAAAAACUGAUUGUCCUUGAUUUUAUAUCCAAGACUAAGAAACAAGAUAUAAUAGAGAAUGUUUCACAAUACACAGCCCAAUCCCGAUUAGAAACAAAUCCUGAGGAGUUGGAAUUAGUCGAGAAUUUAAAUCAGUUAAAAUCCAUAAACUUUACUGAAUUGUUAAAAGCCGUGGAUAUAGCGAGUGAAGAUGUCGAUACAGAACUAUCACUCAAAGAGAUCAAAGAGUUACGUUCAAUUAAGAAGUUGAUGGAAGCUAAAGGAGAAGAAGCAUUAAUGAAGUUUUUACAAUCGUAA